CGAUGACGACGACGAGGACGAACGGGGCUCCGCACAGAGCGAGCGCUUAACGGACGCCAUCAUUCCGAUGACGACGAGGUCGAUGACGGUGGUCAUCAUCGGGGGGCUACCGGAUCGUUCCGGCGUUGAAGAGCGGAUCCGAUCCGGUGGAGGACAUGGCUCAGGGGAAUAACUAUGGGCAGAGCAGCAAUGGGGUGGCUGACGAGUCCCCCAAUAUGCUGGUCUACAGAAAGAUGGAAGAUGUGAUAGCGCGCAUGCAAGAUGAGAAAAACGGGAUCCCUAUUCGAACGGUCAAAAGCUUUCUGUCUAAGAUACCCAGCGUGUUUUCCGGCUCGGACAUUGUUCAGUGGCUAACGAAGAACUUAACUAUAGAAGAUCCCGUGGAGGCCUUGCAUCUGGGAACUUUAAUGGCAGCCCAUGGCUAUUUCUUUCCCAUCUCAGAUCACGUUCUCACGCUAAAGGAUGACAGCACUUUUUACCGUUUCCAAACGCCCUAUUUUUGGCCGUCCAAUUGUUGGGAGCCGGAAAAUACAGACUACGCCGUUUACCUCUGCAAACGAACAAUGCAGAACAAAGCCCGGCUGGAACUGGCAGACUACGAAGCGGAGAGUCUGGCGAGGUUGCAGAGAGCUUUUGCCCGGAAAUGGGAGUUCAUCUUCAUGCAGGCGGAAGCGCAAGCCAAAGUUGACAAGAAAAGAGACAAGAUAGAAAGGAAGAUCCUUGAUAGCCAAGAGAGAGCAUUUUGGGAUGUACACAGACCUGUGCCCGGGUGUGUGAACACCACUGAAGUGGAUAUCAAGAAGUCAUCCCGAAUGAAGAAUCCCCACAAAACCCGGAAGUCUGUCUAUGGAUUACAAAAUGACCUCAGAAGCCACAGCCCAACCCACACACCCUUACCGGAAACGAAGCCUCCGACAGAAGACGAGUUACACCAACAGAUAAAAUAUUGGCAAAUACAGUUAGACCGACACCGAUUAAAAAUGUCCAAAGUUGCUGACAGUCUCCUAAGCUACACCGAACAGUACGUGGAAUAUGAUCCGUUUCUAGUACCACCAGACCCCUCAAAUCCCUGGAUGUCAGACGACACAACCUUCUGGGAGCUGGAAGCAAGCAAAGAGCCCGGCCAACAGAGAGUGAAGCGAUGGGGUUUCGGCAUGGACGAGGCCCUGAAGGAUCCCGUGGGCAGAGAACAGUUCCUCAAAUUCUUAGAGUCCGAAUUCAGCUCGGAAAACUUGAGGUUCUGGCUUGCUGUGGAAGAUCUGAAGAAGAGAACGAUCCGAGAAGUUCCCACCAGGGUCCAGGAAAUAUGGCAGGAAUUUCUGGCUCCGGGAGCCCCCAGUGCCAUUAACCUGGACUCCAAAAGCUAUGACAAAACCACCCAGAAUGUCAAAGAACCAGGACGAUACACUUUUGAAGACGCUCAGGAGCACAUUUACAAACUGAUGAAAAGUGACUCCUAUCCACGUUUUAUACGAUCCAGUGCCUACCAGGAGCUGCUACAGGCAAAGAAAAAGUUGGAAAACUCAAUGGAUCGCCGAACAUCUUUUGAGAAAUUCACACGCAAUGUGGGCAGAAACAUCCCUAUUUUCCCAUGCCAUAAAAACUGUACACCAACAAUGAGGGCCAGCACUACCCUGUUAUGAAAAGAGGGGAAAGCGCUCACAUCAAAGAGGUUAACCGGUCUAGUUCAGCCCUACUAAAAGGAUCUCGUUGUAGCAUGGAAGCAGGCUCGAGUCAUUAUACGUACAUUGUAGCUCAUUGAUUAUGUGGAGCAGUGGACAGGACGUUUGCAUGAACCGAGGACUCGUUUUCUCUUGUGUACGCUAAGGCAUUAAAGACUCUGAGGGAACUUACCUUCUCGAUACCUCCAUUUCAAAACGUUGUCUGCUCACCUCCUCCUUCAUAUCAAGCCGGAUUUGUGUCUUUUAUUUUCCUACAAGUUCGAGUACGGUGGAAACAACAAAAACAUUUCAGAAAAGCUUCUGCUAGGCACACGGUUUAUUUACGAAAGAUAUCGUCCGUCGCAGAUCCGGAGGAAAUGUAAAAAGACCAUAUAGCUAAUAAAUAUCCGUAGGGCAUCAUAUUUACUGGAGAAUAAAUUAGCACAGAAAGUUUCAUUUCACCGAUGUAUUCCCAGUUGGAAAGAAAUCUUUGUCCUUGUCUGUUGUCUGUACAAUUCUCUGUUCACGUUUCUUGCCUUUAUUUUUAUACCAUAUUUAAAGAAAGACACCUUUUUCUCCAGAUGUAUUAAAGUCGAUCCCUUCUCUGUAAAUUUGUGUAUGUUUAUAUUGUCGGUUUAUCUUUCAUUAAAAGAUGCAGAAUCUCGGUUCAUUU